GCUUCCGUCUCAAUUUAACCCAUAUUAUACAAAGCGAAUCGAAGUGGACACUCGUUGACAUUCGAAAGUGCGUUUCGUUACACUUUACGAAGCCACAGUGGGAAAAUAAAUUAGCAAUUAGUGGGAAAACCUGUCGAGGAGUGGGACCCGGCCUCCUCUCCUUGUACCUGGAGCGCCCCGGGCCGAAAGUUGUGCCUCGAAUAAAUGCCUCACUGCGCGUGACUUUUAGUACAUACCUACUACCAUGAACACAUACGCUCCAAAUCAAAAACAGUCUAGGAAACCCGUCUUUUUCAUUGCAGCAACAGUGAUUGCUGUUUUGUUUUUCGGCUACACCUGGUUGUUCAAGCCAUCUAAAACCGCAAUCGUCCAAAAGGCGAUCGUGGUACUAAAAGGCGACUCCCCAGUUGCUGGCACUAUCACAUUCGAGCAGUCUUCAGCAGAUGGCCCAGUCAAGGUCUCAGGAGAAAUAACCAACCUUGACCCUUCUUCUCAGCGUGGUUUCCAUGUCCACUCUCUUGGAGACCUCAGCGGUGGCUGUUUGUCUACGGGGUCGCACUUCAAUCCAUACGACCAAAGCCACGGUGCUCGCUCGAGCUCUGUCAGGCAUGUCGGUGACCUAGGAAACAUCGAGAGCGAUGAAUAUGGCACAGCCACCAUUUCCUUCGAAGACAGCCUCAUUUCCUUGAAUGGCCCCACGAGCAUACUUGGGCGGGCUGUCGUUGUUCAUGCGGGCACCGAUGAUCUAGGAAAUGGCGGUAAUGAAGAGUCUCUCAAGACCGGAAAUGCAGGCGGACGAGCCGCCUGUGGUGUCAUUGGGCUCGUCUAAAUCAUCCGAGUGUUGGAGCAUGCUGCAUUGUCUUGUACUUCUCACGUCAUUGUAUUAUCAUAUGUCGCCAUAUCUCUUGGUCUCUGACAAUUUAUUUGUCUUUACCCGA